AUGGCUGCAAGAGGGCAUAUUCCACCAAAUUUAGAAGGGCGUGCUAUCCAACCACCUGGGAUGAUGCGUCAUGGUCCAUUUCCUGCUGGGCACCGGACGUUGGAACCACUCCCUCAUCCGGAUCUCUUAGAGAAUACAAUUGCUGCUCAGGCUGCGGACAUUGAACAGCUUGCAGGGGAUAAUAAUAGACUUACUACUAGUCAUGUGGCCUUGAGGGAGGACCUUGUUGCUGCUCAGCAGGAAGCACAAAGGCUCAAGGCACAUAUUAGAAGCAUCCAGACAGAAAGUGAUAUCCAGAUCAGGGUUUUGCUGGAUAAAAUUGCAAAAAUGGAAAAAGACAUUAGGGCUGGUGAGAACUUGAAAAAGGACCUCAAACAGGCACAUGUGGAGGCACAGAACUUGGUCAAAGAAAGACAAGAGCUUGCCACAAAAAUCCAACAGGCUUCACAGGAGCUGCAGAAAAUCCACACCGAUGUAAAGAGUCUACCAGAUUUGCAUGCCGAGCUGGAGAAUUCGAGGCAGGAACUCAAGAGGUUAAGAGCUACAUUCGAGUAUGAAAAAGGCUUAAAUAUAGAGAAGGUGGAGCAAAUGCGAGCAAUGGAACGGAAUCUCAUAGGGAUGGCAAGAGAAAUGGAAAAGUUGCGCAUUGAUGUCCUGAAUGCUGAGACCAGAGCACGUGCUCCAAACCGAUAUGUUGGUGGCUAUGCAAAUCCUGAUGUUUCAGGCCCACCCCCUGUACAGGGUGGUGGCACCUAUGUUGAUGGAUAUGGGAGGCCUCUUGUUCACAUUGGUGUCAGGCCUGCAGGGGAUGGGAUAAUUCCUUACAGCAGUAGCAAUGGUCCAGUGUCCAGUGUUGGGUUUGGUGUUGCAGCAAUCUCUACUACUGGUGGUGUUGCUCACUGGGCAGGGCCUUUUGAUCCUUCACUUGCUCGGAGUGCCUCAAAUGUUCCAUCAGUUGCAACAAGUGAACAUGCGUGUCUGAUGACGUCUUCCUCAGAGGCUUUUGCUACCUAA